UUCUGGCCCUUGUGUUUGACAGGAAACAGAGCUGUUGCCCUGCCUGUGUGUGUGGAUGCUGACCUCUGUUGAUGAUACUACAAAAAAAAAGGCCACAUCUCACCUCCCUGAAGCACCCCAGCACCAUGAAUGGACACUUCAUGAUCUGUCAAUCAUCUGGAGGACACUGCUGUGGCUGGGUCACGUCAGGGUCCUCCUGAGAGGAUUUGAGCUUUUUCAGCAGGACUGCCCUCUUGUGUUGGUACUGAGAAUGUUUGAGUGGUGUUGUGAUUACAGGAAAUUCACUGUAGCCAAAGGGAAGUUGUUGGACUUUCAGAGGACACUUAUUACAACGCAGGAAACGACAGACACUGAGGUUCAUCGCACUGCUAAGCAGAAUCAUCACUGGAAAUCAUGUGGCAUGCUCAGAAAUGGUGGUCCUGCCAUCGCAGGUAGCUUCCCACUCCAGUGGGUGGAGAGCCAGGCCUCAGUAUUGCUUCUCACCAUGCUCCAACGCUGCUCAUCCCAGUACGAUCUUCACCGGCUGCUACAGCUCCUGGCUGAUGUUGACAAACUUCUCAAAUCAAAUGGUCCAGACUUCAGGAAGUUGAGUGAGCUGAGUCAGUUGCUGCAAGGAUCAGGGGUUACUCUGCCUGAGAGGCUCCUGCAAUGUAUUGCCCCCUCAACCCAGCAGGAGGAGUUUCAGUUCAUAGUGGACACUUUGCAAGCUGGAGGAUGCUACAGCCAGGCAAGACGGGUCGCAGAGCUGUCUGGACUGCCCAUUCAUUGCCUCCUCCUGAGCCAGCUGCUUCAGGAAGUAAACGUUCACAAGACCAAGUGGCAGUGGAGGCGUUUGGAGACCCGAGUUGCCUUCUGGACGAAGUGUCACAACCUGCUGAAAGCUGGCAGUAGUGAUCCAGAAUCAGCCUCACAAUUCUUUCUAUCACAGUCUGAAGUUAUCACUCCGCUUGCUGGUGACAAGACUCAGACAGAAGUUCUAGACAUCCAAGAGCGCUGCUUGCUGCUCCAGCUCACAGCACACUGGCUUUCUUUGCAAAUCCAUAUUCCUGUAGAUGAGCUGGAGAGGCUGGAGAAAAAGAUGUGGCUCUGUCAGAUCGAUAAACACAUCCUUACAACUACAAUAGAGAAAGAGAACAUGUUCAACCUACCAUCACCAGCCACCGCACCUGAAAUUAAUGCAUACGAAGUGUGUAUGAAGGAGUUCUCAUUCUCUAACAUAGUAGACCUGAAUAGGGAGAAGUACCUGAGCCUGGAGGGAUUUCCAAGUCACUCAGAGAAGCUGGAUGAUUUGGAUGCUGAGUCAGAUUUAAGUUCUGAAGAGAGGAGAGUUUUGACAGUACUUGUUGGUCAGUUACUAGAUAAAGGUAGUAUCCAUGAAGCCAGUCGUGUUUGCCGGUAUUUCAAUAUACAUGAUCCAGAUGUGUGGUUGGUUCUGUGCUGCCAUUCUUUGGCAUGUGGAGUCCAGAUACCUGAACCGAAAGAAGAGACCCCAAAAGCACCUGAAACAAAGGCCCUAACCCACUCACCCUCCCUCAGCAGUCUGUCCUCAUUUGUGAUGCUGCCUCUCCCUGAAGAUCCAGUCACCGUCCACAUUCAGAAAUUGGUGAAUCAGUGUCGCCAUGGAAACAACUACUGCAAACAGGUCCUUAGCCUCUACCAGCUCUCUAAGGAGUUGCAAUGCCCCUUCAGUCAAAUCAGCAGAGAGCAUCCCCAUUCUGUGCUAGAGAAGCUGUUGCUGUUGCAGCAGCCUGAUCGGUUCAGGAUGGCCAAGACCUUCAUUAAAGCCCAGAGUCUUAGCGCUUACACUGUGGCUGAGCUGAUCUCCAAUGCUGUGGUUCAAGGCCUCCUGGCAUCAACCCAAGAACAGCAGCCUGGAGAGAAGCAGAUUUUUAGACCAUCAGAGGGGCAGGAGUCACUUUUACUGCUGAUUAGACUGUGUGAUGAUCCUAACAUAGUGGGACUCAAACUGCUGGAAAACCUCAACACUGUGCCACUGAGGGACCUAAACUCCAUUGUGGAGCUGCUGAUUGUGGCUCACAGCUGUUUCAGUCUUACUUGUAACAUGGAGGGGAUUGUGCGAAUUCUCCAAGCUUCUCGUCAUCUCAGCCAUAACUACCUGGCUCCAAGAGAGCACUACAGCUUGCUGGUGCGUCUGCUGACCGGUAUUGGCAGGUAUAAUGAGAUGACGUACAUCUUCGAUUUGCUCCAUCAGAACCAUUGUUUUGAGAUGCUACUCAGAAAGAAGAUGGACAGAGAGAGAGGACAGAGAUCUACAUUAAAAACUGCUCUGCUAGAUUACAUCAAACACUGCCUCCCUGCUGAUAGCGAGAAGCACAACAUGGUGGCGCUUUGUUUCAGCAUGAGGAGGGAGAUUGGAGAAAACCAUGAGAUUGCUGCCAAGACACAGCUAAAGAUGAUUGAAUCUCAGGAUUGGGUUGUAACUCCUGAUCUGAAGAGCUCAUUGGUCAAGGUGUUGAAUCUGCUCAAGGAUGCUGCAGAAAGUUUCUCCAAGGAUUCCUGUGUGCGUCAGGCGAGUCAUUGCGUCCGAAGAGCCAAAUUGAUCACUCUUCAGCUCCACUUCUUGAACCAGGGAUCCAACCUUCGCCUCAUCAACCUGAAACCUGCAGAGUUGCACAAUGCCUUCAUGACUCUACCACAAUUGUAUCAGGUAUUUGUUGUCUCAGAGGCUUACGGCUAUGGUCCAGACUGGGCUGAGAUUUUGUACCAGAAGGUGGUUCUGAAAGGAGACUUUGUUUACCUGGAGGAGUUGAAACGUCGGCGUCCUCUCACCUCUGCCCUAUUUGAAGACAUUUUCAGAAAACUGGACAGCACCCCCAGCAGUGUUUCUUCCAAUGUGAAACGCCUGCUGACUUAUUGUGAUGAUGUGUGCACCCGCUACAGAUUGGCCUACCAGCAGAAUCUUUCUGAUGUCACCAAAACACUGCUGCAAGAUAACAAGACCUACGGCUACAUGAAUGACACGCUCACCAGCAAAACAUUUAUCUGAGCAGCCUUAUGUGAUUGUACGGUCCUAUUUCACAAUCAGUGGACCCUAUACACCCAAUAAGUGUACAUGAAUUAUUUGUGUAAUUCACAUAAUGAAAAAACUAUCCUCUCACUUUGGUUAAAGUGGUAUUAUUUUCUUGAAAAAUAAAACUUUUAGUACCUUUCAAAUGACUAAACCUGUCUAAAAAUCAUGUAAAUUUAACAAUAAACAAAGAUCAUUUCUGUCAGAA